CGCGCACGCUAGGGAAGGCGGCCAGCUUGUCGCCCUGCGUCCCCCGUUUUGAGGAUCAAUGCUGUCACGAAGCCUCUUCAGCGCGUGCAUCCCCCCCCCACCCCUUUAACCGCCACAGCCCCUUCGCGCUCUGCCCCACGUAUCUCCGUCCCACCCCCGCCCCCUCCCUCUUUCCCUCUCUUGCCUCCUCCGGACACCCUCUUCCCUCUUCAUACUCGCACCAAACAUCGCAGAGAUGUCCGCUGCGCAGGCGACUACCGAGCUCGGCGCCGGGCCGCGCGUCGAGACUUCGCUGGUCCUUGAGGUCGUCGAGGCGAAGGACCUUCGGCGUGAGGGCGGCGCCAGCGCCGCAGCCGGCCAGCCGGUUCCCGAUGAGGGCGCCAUCUUCUGCGGCGUCAAGGUCAACUCGCAACUUGUCCACACCACGGCCUCCACCACCGUUCGGAACAGCCUUUGGACCGACGUCCUGCACAUCACCGAGCAGGAUGUCGGCCGAAUCACCUCGGCCGAGCUUGUUAUCUGGGAGGAUCUCCCGUAUGGCUCGAACCGCGUCCUUGGGAAGGUCUCGCUGCCGGUCCUGAGCACUGCCUCCGGCAACAUCGCCACCGGGGGGCACAUGAGCUAUCCCUUCCAUCUGGCCAAUCCCUUCCCCCUGGCAUCGGCCCUGCCAGCCCUGGAUCAGCAGAAGAACGAGCUGCUGGACUGCUGGGUGCCCAUUCACCCGGCCUCCACCGAGGGGACGGUGUCCGGCUUCCUGGAGUUCGAGAUCGCCUCGACCAACAACUCCGUCUUCCUGACCAUCAGCCGCGGCGUGAAUCUGGUCAGCCGCGAUGUCAAUGGCCUCAGCGACCCGUAUGUGGUUAUGACCCUGCUCCGGGGGAAUUACACCACCGCCGCCGGGGAUGCCGCCGCGAGCGCCGGGGCCCCGGUGCAAACCUUCCGCACCAAGACCAUCCGCAAGACCCUCAACCCCCAGUUCAAUGAGACUUUCCGCUUCGAGUCCAUCGAAGAUCUGUCCACGGCCGUCAUCCAUGUGUCUGUCUGGGACUGGGAUCGCUUUACCGAUGACGACUUCAUGGGCCACGCUGCCCUGCCCCUUUAUAAGUACCUCAGCCCCGGGGGCCAGCUCAGCGGGCGACACAAGAUCUGGCUCGAGCCGAAGCCCGCCGAAAUUCGGGACACAUCCGAGAGCAAGCAGACCGGCGACAAGCCCGCCACCUUUGCGCUGGAUUAUGAGCGUUUCCUUUGCCAGUCUCUCAAGAAGGGCCUUCUGGCGGAUGCGGAAACCCCCCAAACUGGCUCCGUGCGCUUCCGCUACAAGUUCCUUGAGGAGAUCAUCCUCGGGCGCGAGAAGUAUGACACCUUCUUGGAGCUCUUGCAGCGCGACAACUACGCCAUCCCCUCACUGUUGAACCAGUCUCUGGGGAAGGAGCGCGAGGUUGCCGCCUGGUCCCUGAUGAAAAUCACCUCUGCCCUGUCCGAGGAUGACGCCUUUGCCUUCCUCCAGGCUAUUUGCCAGCGCGAGAUCGAUGCCACCCUCUCCUCUUCAACCAUUUUCCGCGGCAACUCCCUGGCGUCCAAGGCGGUCGAUGUCUUCCAAAAGCUGGUGGCACUGGAAUACCUGCACCGGACUUUUGGCCCGACGAUCAUGAAGAUUGCCGCCUACAAGAAGUCCUGCGAAAUCGACCCACUGCGUCUGGAGAAGGGCCAGGACAUCAAGAAGCACAAGAAGCGCCUGGUCAAGUUCACCGACGAGAUCCUAGAUGCCCUGUUCCAGAGCGUGUCUGAGGUGCCCAUGUCCCUCCGCCGGGUCCUGCAGCACAUCCGCACCACUUGCGCCGAGAAGUUCCCUUCCGAGGCCUCGACCGCCGGGCUGACCGCGGUGGCCGGGUUCUUCUUCCUGCGCUUGGUCGUGGCAUCCAUCCUGAGCCCGCACCUCUUUGGCUUCCUGUCGGAUUGCCCGUCCAUGACCAACAAGCAGGCCGCCCGGGCAUUCACCCUCAUUGCCAAGACCGUGCAGAACUUGGCCAACCUCGUGGAGUUCGGGGCCAAGGAGCCUCACAUGCAGGACCUCAACCAGGACAUCAUCAUCCCGCGUAUGAGCGAGAUGCGCACCUUCCUGCUCACGAUCUCGACUGCUACAUCGACGGAUGUCGCCGCCAGCGGGCCCCCCGCGGCGUCUGCCCCCCCGCCGCUGCUUAAGCAGAAGUCCAAGAAGAGCGUGAGCAACACCUCAUCCCUGGCCUUUUCGUUGUCGGCCAUGUCGCUGGUCAGCAACAACGACAAGGCCGCCAAGAGCAUCGAUAUUCCGCGCGAAUGCUCGGUCCUCCAUCAGAUUGUUCAAAAAUACCUUCCUGACGUGAAGCGGCUGGCCCCCUCAAUGGGCGUGUCCGAGUCACUGGUCGCUGAGUUUGAGCAGAACGUCCUCAGCCUCCGGACCGAGACCGACUCGAUCUCCCUGGCUGCGGUGACCACACCGACGCUAUGAUGCUCGUGCAUGUGUGUAUUGGUAGGAGUGUGCAGCCCCUGUCCCCUGGUCCAGUUAUAGGCGAGCCAUUGCAGAGUAGCAACCGGCGCGCACACACUUGCGCCCCUUCCUCCUUCCCCUUCCCUCCGCACUCACCCGUCAUGGCGACAUGGAGGUGGAGGGAGGAGAUGAAUACACACCGACACCCCCCC